UUAUCUCCUCGCCGAUUCCGCUUCCCUUCCUCCCGCGAUCUCCGCUGCGUUCCCGGCAGCGAAGGCGGACGCGCAAGUCGUAGUCAUCAUCAUGGCCUGAGAAGGUAGAAAGAAAGAGAGAAAGAUCAGCUUCGGAAACAGAGGAGAAAGAAAGAAAGAAAGAAAACAGAGACGAUCGAUUUCUCUCCUGUGUUUACUUUUCUCUAAAAUGGCGUCGUAUCGAUUCCGGGAUCAGGUACGCAAUUCCUCUCCCUCUCGACAAGGUUUAUCCAAGUCCCAAAUGUGCCUCCACAAGAUUCUGGGUAUCAUUGCUUCCUCCGCUCCUCCGCCGCCGCCGGCCACUACGGUCUCUUCGAAUCAAGGAUCCUCGUCUUCGGCGCGCCCCGAGGUUGAACCGGAAAGGGAUCUGUCUUGCGUGACUCGAGGGAUUGGCAUCGAUUUGAAUAUGGAAUUUAGUCUGGGCGGUGGAGGAGAGGGAAGCGAGGCGGUGAGUGCCGGUAGCGCGGCGGAGGAUGAUUAUAAAGAUCCCGACUUUUCGGGGCCGCCGGCGGCGGUGGAGGAGGAGGUUAGAGGUAGUGCUGAGUCUGCGGCAAUUGUUGAUCAGAAGAACUCCGAGGGUGAAUUUGAUCCUAAUAGCAAUCGCCACGGCGGAGAUUGUUCACCGCCGCUAGCAGAGGCUUCGGAAGCAACGAAUCUGCGAAUCAACGAAAUCCGGGAGAUCGGCAUCAACGGGAUUGGCGACGAAGACGACGACAAAAAAGAAUUCGAGGAGGAAGGAAGACGAGUGCAAAACGACAGUCGGCGUGCUGACGAGGAGAACAGAGCAGCCGAAACGGCGCCGUGGGCGGAAGGAGGAGGAGGAGGAGAAAAGAACAAAAGGGAUCAAGGCAUUAGCGGAAUAUCAGAUCGUCGGCUAACGGUCCUAAUUGAAGCAACGGAGCUUGCCUCCGGUCGUGGUUCGUCGUCGAACACUCUGGAUCCCGACGAGAUGCGGACGGCAGCCGCGGAGGAGACAGAGGAGGAGUCAGAGCCGCAUUCGCCGUCGAUUAGGGGACGUGGCGGCAGGAUUGCGGUUCGUGGGACGAAGAGGAAGAGGAGGAACAAGUGUUGGGUGGUGGAUUUGUACAAAAAUAGCGAUGAGAUGACGACUGAGACUACGGUGGCGACGGUGCCGACAUCGAAGAGAGGACGGAGAAGCCAGGUGAUGCCGUCCCGGUACCGAGACUCUUCAGUGGUGAUGGAGCCGUGGAAACAACUGCCCCGCCGGCGUCCGUAGCUGCCGGGGGUUUUGCACGGGAACCCGACAAAACAAGAUAAAGGAAUAAUAUUAAUGGGAGAUUAUAAAUGGAAAAUUGGUGGUCAGAUUAUGAUUUUUCACACGGAACAAUUUCUUUUCGAUUUUGACAUUCUGAGUUAAAUUAUAGUCCUUCUGUUUGACAAUGAAGCUACAUUAUGGUUUGGAUUUGUUGAAAUUCGAGAGAAAUUUCUAAGAAGAAGGGUAAGUCACAAGUGAAGUUUGUUGAGUUAUUUUCAUACUAAUGUAUGCAUGACUAUAAGACAGGCUAAUUAUAGAUAAAUUAAGUAUGAAAAUGGAGAAGAAAUUUCCAGAGAUAAACAUAUGGAGACAUCCAAUAAAAUUGGAGAAAAGAGUUCAAAGAUCCAACCACUACCAUAAACAACCACCAUGUUGUAGGGCUGAAAAUUGGCCCGACCCGCCCCUGACCCUGUCUGACCCGUCCCUGAAGGGUCAAGAUGUAUAACUGACCCGCCCCGACCCUGUUUCUUUCAUGACCCUGUCUGACCCUUUAGGAUCGGAGCGGGUCAGGAAGGGUCGGGUCAGUGGGUCGACCCUAAUAAAUAGACUACUUUUCUAAAAAUCACAAUUUGGUACCCAAAUUUAUUUUUUCUUACAUUUUAGUACCUAAAUUUUAUUUUUUUACAAAUAAGUCCCUAAAAUUUGAAGGUAAAAUUACAUUUUGGUACUCAAAUUUUUUAAUUUUUACAAUUUAGUACCUAAACUUAUAAAAUUUUACAAAUAGGUCCAACAUGUGUUGUAUGAUGCUAAGGGUCAUAGGGUCAAAAAGUGACCCGACCCUAAAUUGACCCUGACCCGACCCUAAGCCGACCCGAUCCAAAAUUGACCCUAUAGACAAACUAACCCAGCCCGACCCUGAGGGUCGGGGCGGGGCGGGUCAGUGGGUUUUAAGGGUCAAACUUACACCCCUACCAUGUUGGAACUAUAUGUGGUUCAUCAACUGUUAGCUAGUUUAUCUAAAAUAUAAAUAUGUGUUUAGCUAGAUUACGGGUAGGAUAGAGCCAGUUUCACUAUACUUGAAAAAAUAUAUAUUACAUAAAUUAAGAAGGUAUAUAGUCCCUUCUACAAAUUACAACGAUACCAUAUGACUUCCAGUCGAGAUAAUAUGUCAUCUAGGGGUGGAGGAUCGGUUGAUUCAGUUAUAACAAAAAACCGAAGGGUCGGUUAAUGGUCAAUCGAACCACCUCCCAAUCCUACCGACCACCGAGUGAAAGAGGGCUUAAGCCUUCGGUUAUCUUGAUAUUCGGUUAACCAAACCGCCCCCAAGACCAAAACAAUAUCACUCAGCCUCCGAACACCGACCGAGUUUCGGUUAUCUUGGUUUUCGAUUAGUGGAUAACCGGCCGGUUUUGGUUGUAAGCGGUCGGUUAAUCGCUAACCGCUAAUUGAUUGUCCAUCCCUACUGUCAUCCCGUCAUAGUAACAAAUCUCCACCUUGGCUUGAAUUCCCCCUCAAAUGCCAUAUAUCCUCAAACUCCCCUCUUGCCUUAGAUAUCAAUCGCUGAGAACAUUUAGCAAGUUCAAACAGUGUUGGAACUUGCCAUGUUGGAACCGGCUUCGUGAACAUAUCAGCAGGAUUAUCAGCACUGCCCAUUUUCUUCACGUUAAUCAAUUUCUCUAUUCUCA